CUCUCUACCAGCCCACAGCCAUGUCCAAUUUCGUCAAGCAGCCCGCAGACGACAUCUGUGUCGCGACAAUCCGCGCCCUUGCCGCGGAUGUUGUCGGCAAGGCCAACUCCGGCCAUCCAGGUGCGCCGAUGGGCAUGGCGCCCGUCGCCCACGUCCUCUUCUCCAGAUUCUUCAACGCAAACCCCAAGAGCUCAAAGUGGUACAACCGCGAUCGAUUCGUGCUGUCGAAUGGACAUGCUUGUGCCCUGCAAUACAUCCUGCUUCACCUGCUAGGUUACAAGCUUUCAAUGGACGACCUCAAGCAAUUCCGUCAGAUUGACUCCUUGACGCCUGGUCACCCUGAAGCCGGCCAUACCGACGGUAUUGAAGUCACUACGGGUCCUCUUGGCCAGGGCUUUGCCAAUGGUGUCGGCCUGGGCAUUGCACAGGCGCAUAUGGCCGCUGUUUACAACAAAGACGGCUUUGACCUCAUCAACAACUACACAUACGUGUUCACCGGAGACGGUUGCUUGAUGGAGGGUGUCGCGAGUGAGGCUGCCAGUCUUGCAGGACACUUGCAACUGGGCAACCUGAUUUAUUUCUACGACGACAACCAUAUCUCCAUUGACGGUGACACCGCCGUUGCCUUCACGGAGAACGUCGAACAGCGAUUCCUGUCAUAUGGCUGGCAGGUCCUCCAUGUAAACGACGGUGACCACGAUCUUGAGGGCAUCUACAACGCGGUGGUCGAAGCGCAGAAGGAGAAGAGCAAGCCCACUCUCAUUCGUUUGAGGACCACCAUCGGCUACGGCUCCAAGCAGCAGGGUACUCACGGCGUCCACGGUGCCCCCCUCAAGGCCGAUGACAUUCAAGCAUUGAAGACUAAAUUCGGUCUGCCUGCUGACCAGUCCUUCUACGUCCCGGAAGAGACAUACAAGGUCUACGGCGAGACCGCGGCGCGCGGUGCUGCCUUGGAGAAGAAAUGGGAAGCGUUGCUCGCGUCGUAUGGCCAGAAGUACCCUACCGAGUACGCUGAGCUUACCCGCCGCAUUGCCGGCAAGCUCCCCGACGGCUGGGAGAAGAGCCUGCCGACAUACACCGCGAAGGAUGCUGCGCAGGCAUCUCGCAAGCUGUCCGAGAUCGUGCUGUCAGCGGUCGUCCCCAUACUGCCGGAGCUGAUGGGUGGUUCCGCCGAUUUGACGGGAAGCAACCUGACGAGGACUAAGACGAUGGUCGACUUCCAGCCGGAGAACACCGGCCUUGGCAAUUACAAGGGCACGUAUCUUCGCUUCGGUGUCCGUGAGCAUGGCAUGGGUGCUAUCGCAAACGGCAUGCACGCAUAUGGUGGUAUCAUCCCCUUCGUCGCCACGUUUAUGAACUUCGUCUCAUAUGCUGCCGGCGCCGUACGACUGUCAGCUCUGAGCAAGCACCAGGUCAUUUGGGUCGCCACCCACGAUUCCAUUGGUCUCGGUGAGGACGGUCCCACCCACCAGCCGAUUGAGACCGCAGCCCACUUCCGCGCGAUGCCGAACAUCGACUUCUGGCGCCCCGCUGACGGCAACGAGACUUCUGCAUCGUAUUAUGUCGCACUGACGCGCAAGGAGACGCCGUCCAUUCUCUCGCUGUCUCGCCAGAACCUACCCAACCUUGAGGCUUCCACGAUUGAGAAGGCGUCGAAGGGUGGCUAUGUCGUGCAUGAGGUGCAGCAUGAGGACCUCACCAUCGUCAGCUCCGGCAGCGAAGUCAGCAUCGCGCUCGAGGCCGCCGUGCAGCUCAACUCGGAAGGUGUUAAGACGCGUGUCGUCAGCUUGCCAUGCUGGUCGGUCUUCGACGCGCAGUCGGCCGAGUACCGCCUCAGCGUCCUGAGGAGCGGCGCGCCCAUUUUGUCCGUCGAGGCACUCGCCACACUGGGAUGGCAAAAGUACAGCCAUGAGCAAUUUGGUUUGUUUGGAUGGGGUGCAUCCGGUCCCUACAAGAAGGUGUACGAGAAGUUUGGACUUACAGGAUCUAACAUUGCGUCGGUCGGCAAGAAGGUCGUUAGCUUCUACAAGCAGAAGGGUGGGGAGGUUAUCUCUCCCCUCGUCAAGGCCUUUUAGAUGGUGGAAACAUCAACGACAAUGUUCCCGGGGUAGAAGCAUCAAACUGCAGUGAUACAUUUGUAUUUUCAUGUAAUUUUGGUUAUAGAGUCUGUGUGUCACCAAUAGUGAGCUCA